GUCACACCUCCUGAGGACAGCCAGGAGGACUCCAGCUUUUGCUGAGCUGUGCAUCUUGCCUCCUUCCUUCCAAAGAAAAGCUCCAGAUCCCAGCGCUGCUGUGUUCUCAAGUCCUGCAUGACCCUGUCCAGGCAUCCCCCCUGGCACCCUCCAGCCCAGGCCAGCCCAAAAGCUCACCUCCAGGACCUGCCGCUUGCCCUCCUGCCCAGAAUGACUCACCAUUAUUUCUAGCUCAAGUGAGAAGACAGUGAUAAGGAAUUGGGCUGACUUUUGUGUCUAGGAUUCCCACAGCAUCUGAUCAGCUCUGCAAGGAGAGAGCCUCAGGUUCGUGCCUGGCCAGCCCUCAGAGAGCUCUCAGGGCUCUCCUGCAGGAGUGCGAUCCGAUGCUGCUGUGUUUCCUGGGGCCACUAACAGCACCCUGAGCCCCUUUGCCACCAGGCAUCUAUCUGGAAGGCAUAGCGACAGGCACUUCUCUCAGUCCUAAUUAUGACGGUGGCCACCGGAGACCCAGCGGACGAGGCUGCUGCCCUCCCUGGGCACCCUCAAGACACCUAUGACCCAGAGGCAGACCACGAGUGCUGUGAGAGGGUGGUGAUCAACAUCUCAGGGCUGCGGUUUGAGACCCAGCUAAAGACUUUAGCCCAGUUUCCAGAGACCCUAUUAGGAGACCCCAAGAAGCGGAUGAGGUACUUUGAUCCCCUCCGAAAUGAGUACUUUUUUGAUCGCAACCGCCCUAGCUUUGAUGCUAUUUUGUACUACUACCAGUCUGGGGGCCGGUUGAGGCGACCUGUGAAUGUGCCCUUAGAUAUAUUCUCUGAAGAAAUCCGGUUCUAUGAGUUAGGAGAAGAAGCAAUGGAGAUGUUUCGGGAGGAUGAAGGCUACAUCAAGGAGGAAGAGCGUCCUCUGCCUGAAAAUGAGUUUCAGAGACAGGUGUGGCUUCUCUUUGAAUACCCUGAGAGCUCAGGGCCUGCCAGGAUUAUAGCCAUUGUGUCUGUCAUGGUGAUUCUGAUCUCGAUCGUCAGCUUCUGUCUGGAAACCUUGCCUAUCUUCCGGGAUGAGAAUGAAGACAUGCACGGUGGUGGGGUGACCUUCCACACCUACUCCAACAGCACCAUUGGGUACCAGCAGUCCACCUCCUUCACUGACCCCUUCUUCAUCGUAGAGACUCUCUGCAUCAUCUGGUUCUCCUUUGAAUUUUUGGUAAGGUUCUUUGCCUGUCCCAGCAAAGCCGGCUUCUUCACCAACAUCAUGAACAUCAUUGACAUUGUGGCCAUCAUCCCCUAUUUCAUCACCCUGGGGACAGAGCUGGCUGAGAAACCAGAGGAUGCCCAGCAGGGCCAGCAGGCCAUGUCACUGGCCAUCCUUCGUGUCAUCCGGCUGGUAAGAGUCUUUAGGAUUUUCAAGUUGUCCAGACACUCCAAAGGUCUCCAGAUUCUAGGUCAGACCCUGAAAGCCAGCAUGAGAGAAUUGGGCCUUCUCAUCUUCUUCCUCUUCAUCGGGGUCAUCCUUUUCUCUAGUGCUGUCUAUUUUGCAGAAGCCGAUGAACGAGAUUCCCAGUUUCCCAGCAUCCCGGAUGCCUUCUGGUGGGCAGUCGUCUCCAUGACAACCGUAGGCUAUGGAGACAUGGUUCCAACUACCAUUGGGGGAAAGAUAGUGGGUUCCCUAUGUGCAAUUGCAGGUGUGUUAACCAUUGCCUUACCAGUCCCUGUCAUUGUGUCUAAUUUCAACUACUUCUACCACCGGGAGACAGAGGGAGAGGAGCAGGCCCAGUACUUGCAAGUGACAAGCUGUCCAAAGAUCCCAUCCUCCCCUGACCUAAAGAAAAGUAGAAGUGCCUCUACCAUAAGUAAGUCUGAUUACAUGGAGAUCCAGGAAGGAGUCAACAACAGUAACGAGGACUUUAGAGAGGAGAACUUAAAGACAGCCAACUGUACCUUGGCUAACACAAACUAUGUGAAUAUUACCAAAAUGUUAACCGAUGUCUGAUUGAAACCUAUUAUCAUAAUUCACGACUCCACGGGACUAAUGCAGAUGUUGCAUAAUAGCCUGCAUUGUAGUCAAUGUGUUCUACAGUGUACAUCUGGUUCUGCAUGGAAAGCAAUAGUCGUGCAAGUGACUUUUGAUCUUAAGAUUUUUGAUUUAGAACCCAGAAUAUCUAUCAUGGCUUUCAUGCAAAUCUUUAUCACUGGCUUAGGGGUUUCCAAAGGUGAGGGUCACCUCAUGGAGUGAGGAUUUCAGAAAGAUGCAUCAAGGUAACCUCAUUUCCCAGGCAUAACCCACCAUAUCAGCACCACCCUUCCUUUCUAAUUAAAUGCACACAACACCUGAGAGAUGAGUUCCAGCCCCUCCUUCCCCUCCCCCCUACUUAGCUCACCUGCCCCACCACAGAGGAACACCAUGGGGGCUUAGCUUUGAAGCUCUGAUGAUUAUUCAAAAGGUCAUGCCUCACCCCAUUUCUUCUUCUUCUUCUUCUUUUUUUUUUUUUUUUGCAUUGAAAAGAACACACAGUCCUGUGUGUUGGAAUUACUCUCUGUGUCACAGGCUGGGGUUUGUGAGUUACAGUUGCCAAGUAGAUGCUCUGGAGGCUUGUGUUUCAUAACAGAAAAUGCUGCAUUCUGCUUUUUUUCCCCCUCUGCAGUGUCGAUGUGAGGGAACCCUGGGGGAGGGACAAUUAGUUAGUAUGACCGAAUAGGAGUUGUCAGGUUUCACAUUCGUUCCCUUUGGCUGUGAGGAGAAGCUCCCAAUCAAGGGAUUUCUCAGUCUUGGAUGUCACCAUAUUUUUGCAGGUUUCAGGGUCACACACACACACACACACACACACACACACACACAUCUGAUCUUUUUGUUUACACUAGAGUUUAGAGAUGUCUGCUUUCCUAACAAUGUGGCCCAGCCACACAAUGUGGCCCAGCCACGCUGACACUGCAGUGAAAUUUACCAGUGAUGCCACAGAGCUGCAUGGGUGCCCAUUGCAUGAAAACUGGAUAUUUAAAUCACAGGAGAUAACCUAUUUUCUUAGUAGCUUACACAGUAUUCAUACUUAGAGUAUUAAUAGCUUUGGGAUGGUAUCUAACUAGGAUUUGUUGGUUUGUUUGUUUUUCCCCAUUGGAAGGCAAAAGCCUUCCACUACAAAUAAAUAAAAUAGACUGUUUGGAAUGGGGAGCCAAAAUUUCUGGCCCUUCAGCCUGCCCAACUCUGUUAUUUCAAUGAAAGUCAGACCUCUGCAAAGCCAGGAGAAGGAACAGGGAAAUAAGAGCCUAAACAUUCACAAACGCACCUUAGGAAUGAACCUAGUCUUGGGCAGGACCGCACAGCUGACCAGGGUAUGGGUCCCGAGGUCAGGGAGGUCUGUGGAUCCAGUGUACAUAAAUAUAUAUCAGGUAUAUCUCGCUCAUGUGUUCCUCUACCUAGCUAGCUAUAGAAAAAUGCAUUGGAACAUUGUAUAAGCUUAUGCAAUAUUUUUGACACAGGGCAAUUUAUGCAUGUGUUUGACUAUGUGCACUAGAGUAUAAUAUAUAUACACAUACCUAUGUGUGUAUAUGUACACUAUAUGCACACACUCAUAUGUAUAUAUAUAUGUAUACAUAUACAUAUAUAUAUUCUCUGGAGUUCUGGCUCAGGAGCAAAUUCAUUGCUUAGUGGGCUUAUUGUGUAAGUAGCCCAAUGGGUUCAUUGAUAACCCCACAAGGCCUGAGUUUGCAGUCAUUGUCUCAGAUACUCCAGUCUUCAUGGAUUCCUAGACGUUAGAAUUGUCUUUCUGCCCUCCAUGUGCUGCAGCUUCAGUUCUCCAUGGCUGAAGCUUGUCUUACUGAGUGCACAAGGGCCCUAAUGGCCCUCACAGCUCCAGCUGUCCUGGGUCAGACCCACCCCAGGCCUCCUCUCUUCAGUCCAUCCCAUUAAUCAUUUCCAUUUUCAUCUUUUCCAUUCUUUUUGGUUUUCAAUAUCAUUUGGCUCUGCAGUCAUCAUUUUCAUGAACCUGUCCCCUAGCCAGAAGGGAUCCCCUGCUUUGAAACCCAGGAGCAGGAUUCCCACUGAUCUGGACUUAAAAGGAGCCAUCAUGUGGAAGCUUCUAAUGUCCAGGACCACAGGAUAGAGUCCCUAGAUGACUUAAAAGCAUCACUUUGAAUGUCAGACUCAAACUCUCUUCCCAUUAAAUGGUAACAAGAGCUGCUUAAAGGGGAAAAGAAAAGGAACCAAAGGAUGGGUAAAGAAUUGUCCUCUACUUCCCUCGCCAAGAACAGAUUAGGUAUGAAUGAGCAUUGCACAGCCUAGAAGCAGAGAACAGGUUGGCCUGGAAUGCAGGGCAUGGCUUUUGCCUUACCAGGCUGAACUUGGCCUUUUGAUAUAAUGGCUUAAAAUUUCCCAAACAUAAUGAAUCAUGGUAGUCAGGCUGUGCAGUAGUGACUCUACCCAGGUCUCACUGUCAGUUAGUGCUUACUGUUGUCUUGCAGGGGACUGGGGGGGGGGGUGGAGGAAGCAGGGGAGGAAUACUGGCUCAGGGUACUAGCCCAGGGUGCUCAUUAGUUCAUGGUCACCUACAUCUCCAGGGCUCUGCAGGGCAUCUCAUGCUCAGCACAAAGCCUCUGUGCUUCUCUUCUUCUCCUUCAUAGGAGAUGGUGCUGAAUUUCAAGACAAGAGGUGGGAAGAACACAGGCUUUUGGAGAAUGGAGAGUUGAAGCAAUCCAUAAAUGAGGCCUACAGCAGGGGGAAAAGGGAGAUACCUUAUUCUGGGACUAGAAAAUAUUCAUACAUGCAUGCACAUCUCCUACAAAAUAGAUAACACAUCAUUGCCACAUACAAAUACAAAAUAUGUAACACUCAUGCAAAAUGCAGACCUACAAAUGUACAAAUAAUUACUUAGCAUGCAUCUCAGAUGCAAAAGACAAAAACUACACAUAUACCAUAGAUAUGCAUGCAUACAAAAGAUACUAUUGUUUCUGCACACAAACUAAUGUACAUGCACACACAAUGUACAUAGUUAUAUUAGGUACACAAAAUACAGCACUUGAACCCCACAAAAUACAGUACAUACACACAAAAUGAAGACAUAGAUCUCUUGCUUUGUAUCAUCAAGAUCUAUACAUUCAUUGGCAAAAACAAAAGAGAUUUAAUCACCUAUCUGAUGCUUCUUCUCUCACCUCCAGUACAAUCCUGAGAAGUAACCCCUGAGAUUCCAAGUAGAAAUCUCAUCC